GAAAAACCGUCGCAGCUCACAGCCAAUGCAAGCUUUGAGAGAGUCGGUGCUCAAUUCUGAUUGUCCUAAAAAAAAAAAAAGUGUAGUUGUGUUUGUGAAAUUUGAUCAGCCUAGAAUUUGAAGGUUUGGCGCGCCAGUUUAUAGGUGUGAGCUUUUUGGAAACAGCCACUGUAUAACAGAUCUCAAAAAUCCCAAUCGCGCCUUUAAGCAGCUGCACGAACUGAGAGCUCAUCUAUUCUAGGGGUAGCAAGGCCUGAGACUCUCAGACUCUCAGACUCCAUUAAAUUCGAGCUUUUGUGCUAGUGAAAUGCCGCAAUUGGACCGCCCCAGCUCACCUGAGGAUCCUAUUGCCGACCAGUAUUUCAUCUAUCGCCUAGAGCACGACCUCUACGAACUGUUCGAGGAGCAGCAGCUGCUAUUGGAUAUCGUGGCACAGCAACAGGAGCGUCUAGAGCGUCACAUUCAAAUCCAACGCAUGGCACUAAUUGAGCCACCACCAGCAAGGGAAGCAACCCCGGAGUCCGAAAUGCUGGAAGUAUAUGAAAUUGUCAUUGAAGUUGAGCGGGAGCCGGAGCCGGCGGCAGAGCCGCAGAUGGAGCCGCAGUCGGAGCCAGAGUCGGAGAUGGAGUCAAAACCGGAGCCCGACUCGGAGCCGGAGCCGAAGGCAGAGUCGAAGCUAGAAUUGGGACCAAAGCGGAAGUUGGAGUCGAAGCUAGAAUUGGGACCGAAGCGGAAGUUGGAGUCGAAGCUGGAAGUGGUACCGGAACCGGACUUGGAGGUGGAGCUGGAGUUGGAGCCAGAGCCAAAGCUGGACAUGAAAUCGGAGCCGGAGUCGAAGCUGGAAGUGAAACCGGAGUCGGAGUCCAAGUUGGAAAUGGAACAGGAGCCGGAGUCGAAGCUAGAAGUGGAGCCGGAGCGGAAGUCGGAGUCGGAGCUAGAAGUGGUACCGGAGCCGCUGUUGGAAGUGCAGCUGGAUUUAGAAGUCGGGUUCGAGUCGAAACCGAAGGCGGAGUCGAAGCUGGAAGUGGAACCGGAGCCGGAGUCCAAGCUGGAAGUGGAACCGGGGCCGGAGUCGAAACUAGAGGUGGAGCCGGACCGUAAUUGGGAGUCGGAGCUGGAAGUGGUACCGGAGCCGGUGCUGGAAGUGCAGCUGGAGUUGGAAGUGGAGUCGGAGCCGACAGCGGAAGUGGAACCGGAGCGGAAGUCGGAGUGGAAUAUGGAAGUGAUACCGGAAGUGGAGCUGGAGUUUGAAGUCGGACUGGAGUUGGAAGUGGAGUCGGAGCCGAUGGCAGAAAUGGAGCCGGUGCCGAAGUCGGAGUCGAAGUUAGAAGUGGAACCGGAGCCGAAGGUAGAGAUGGACACAGAGACCGAGUCUGAACCGGAUUCAGAGUCGAAGCUGGAGCUGCAACCGGAGUCGGAAUCGGAGACCGAGUCGGAGACGGAACCGGAGUCGAAGUUGGAGCAUGAGCCGAACGCGGCUGUUGAGCCUGAGCAGUUGGCCGUUAAUGGGCCGAACGAACAGCAGCAGGAGGCGCAGCCGAACGACUUGGACACGGUGCCCCCAUUGCCGCCGCCGCGUUGCAUCUGCAACCAAGUGCAGCGUCCGGCACGACGCAACUCUCGCAACUCUGUGGAGGAUACCAAGAUCGCCCAGUGUACACCGCCCAAGCGCAACGGGCUCGGCUACGAUGCGCCCUUUCCUUACCCCAAGCGCAUGGCCAAGACCCGCGAACGACGCGCCCUCUUUAUUUUCACGCUAGUGGACAAUCUCGUGCUGCAGCUGCAGCGCUGCAUGAGUCUAGCCGAGACUGGAGCUCCGCCGAUGCCCAUAUGCUCGGCUCGAUCGGAUCAACUGACCAUCGCCGAGCUGGAUAACGAGGCGGAACAGGAAAACGAAUUGGAAAACGAAAAGGAAAAGGAUACCAAAAAGGAAGACGAAAAGAAUAAGGCCGAAGAAGAGGAGGACAAGGCGCCUGCUCCAAUUGUCAACACGUCCACGGGCACCCUGCCCAAACAAAAUUACAAUCCCAUUGAGAGAGCUGUCAAACCUUCCAACGGAUCAAAGCUAUCUAAGCGAUUGCGAAAAAAGCCGGUGAGGGAAUCUGAACUAUUGGAGGUGGAAAUCGACUUGGACUGUGAGUUCGGAAUGGAGCAUAUUGAAAAGUUUCGGGCAAAUCGCAUACGCGAGGACAACCUCCAUGCCUACAAGGACUCGCCGGCACGCAGGGCCAAGCGAGAGAAGUCAGCUGAUGGGCAGAUGAAUGCGGAGACCGGCGACAUUGAAGGGGAUGUGCUGGCUGCCGCUUUGGCCUCGCUGGCCAUCAACGAGGAAACCAAUGUCCAGCAGGUCAAGCCGCUGAUGCCUAACUGGUUUGAUAGUGGCCUGGCCCCACCCAAGGCCCAGCUGGAGACACGUGCGUGCUCGCCCGAUCUGAAAUCGUUCCCACUGCUGCCCACUGGGCUGCAGGGCAACAACUUCAUCAAUAUGAUGCCCAGCACCUCGGCUCAGGCUCGUGCGCUAUCGAUGGCAAUGAGCAUUACGGUGCAUCGGACGGACUCCUUGCGCUCCUCCUUGUCGCCAUCGCCACUCGAUAUGCAAGCUUUUCUAAAUCAGCCACUCGAUACCUUCAAUCAGAUGCAGGCUCUGCCAGAACGUAUCAUUGGGGUGUCCGUCAAUCCAUCGCAGUUUGGUAAUGGCUUUGAUAUCAACGGGAGUAACGGAAGGAUGUCUAAACUUUCUAACAAUGGCAACAAUUUAAAUGCAGCUCCUCCCUUUGGGGGAACGAACCGAUUGAAUCGCGUAGAGAACAUACAUCGUCCGAUUUCAACAGAGCCGCCAUCGCCACCGCCUAACUUAUUCGGCAAUCACUAUAUUUACACUCCUAUCGCAGAGCCGGUCAUCCCGUUCAAUCAGGAUAAAGGCGAUGACAACGAUACUCAGGCCACUCCCUUGGAUUUUUGCGGCCAAGAAUAUACAGCCUCAUCGCCAGGCGAUCGUUAAAAUAACUUUGGUAAAAUAAUCGUUCAUAUUUUGUUAUCCAACUUCGCAACUUUAUAACUUUGCAUCUGCCCACAUUGAAGUGGACUAUUUAGUUAUUUACUCGACUAGUUUCAUUUAUGGAACAACAUUAAAUUAUAAAUGUUAAUAUGCGUAUGUACCUUAUCCCAUAUAUAAAUGCUUAAAUAAAUGAAGUAGAGCAUCCAA